UUGUUUGCGCCUUAACUCUGUAUCUACAGCCAUCCUCCUUUCCUGUGGACUGACCCACCCCGGGGAUAUAAAGUUUAAAAAUGCCCGGUGAAGCCACAGAAACUGUCCCUGCUACAGAGCAGGAGUUGCCACAGCCCCAGGCUGAGACAGGGUCUGGAACAGAAUCUGACAGUGAUGAAUCGGUACCAGAGCUCGAGGAGCAAGACUCCACACAAGCAACCACACAGCAAGCCCAGCUGGCAGCAGCAGCUGAAAUCGAUGAAGAACCAGUCAGUAAAGCAAAACAGAGUCGGAGUGAAAAGAAGGCACGGAAGGCUAUGUCCAAACUGGGUCUUCGGCAGGUUACAGGGGUUACUAGAGUCACUAUCCGGAAAUCUAAGAAUAUCCUCUUUGUCAUCACAAAACCAGAUGUCUAUAAAAGCCCAGCUUCAGAUACCUACAUAGUUUUUGGGGAAGCCAAGAUUGAGGAUUUAUCUCAGCAAGCACAGUUAGCAGCUGCUGAGAAAUUCAAAGUUCAAGGUGAAGCUGUCUCAAACAUUCAAGAAAAUACACAGACUCCAACUGUACAAGAGGAGAGUGAAGAGGAAGAGGUUGAUGAAACGGGCGUGGAAGUUAAGGACAUAGAAUUGGUUAUGUCACAAGCAAAUGUGUCGAGGGCAAAGGCGGUCCGGGCCCUGAAGAACAACAGUAAUGAUAUUGUAAAUGCUAUUAUGGAACUAACAAUGUAACCAUCUGAAAGGAGGACUAUUUUUGGUGUUUCAAAAAGGUCACUGCAGCUUGGUUUGAAAUUUGUACUGUUUCUAUCACUAAUAAAGUUAUGACUUAUUGGAUGAACUCAA